AUGGUGACCAUCCUCGAUCUUGCGGUCGCCGUUCCAAGGGAAGAAAAAGUGGAAGGGCGAUCAAGGUACAGGGUGCCAAACUGCCAUCACCACUUCAGUGCCGGGAGAGCGUCCGAGUCUUGUGCACGAGGGAAGAUGCUGCCCACGGGGGCUGAGGCACAGCACCCAGCUUCCUACUGGGUUCAGUCAUCUUCCCCUUCCAACUCCGAAUCACAGUCAGGGAAUACUUCUUCGGAUGGUGGCCUGGUCCAGCUUGAAGCAAAGUCACCAAGAAAUGGUGCAUGGUUCGAUGUUGCUGCCAUCCUGUCCUCCAGAUUUUCUGAAACUGGGGACCAGGAAAUACAAGUUUGGUUUUCUGGAUUUGGGGCUGAGGAGGAAGAAUGGAUUAAUGUUUGUAAAUCUGUGAGACUGCGUUCUCUCCCAUGUAUAGCCACAGAAUGUGUUGGUGUGCUUCCUGGGGAUCUUAUUCUUUGUUAUCAGGAAAGAAAAGAGCAGGCCCUCUAUUUUGAUGCUCAUGUUCUUCAAGUUGACAGGCGCACACGUGAUUUAAGGGGUUGCUGCUGCAGUUUUCUUGUUCGUUAUGAUCACGAUCACUCUGAGGAGAUUGUUUCACUGAGGAAGGUAUGUCGUCGACCAUCUGCUGAUGUUAAGAUUGAUAUUGUAUUUGAUCAUAGCCUAGCUGAGCAGAAAGCUCAAAAGUCGCACAAGAGGAUGGAUGUGAACCCUGAUGAGGUCCCCGUGGUUCCCAGCCCACCAAAUCAAGGAGGGCCAUCCGACAAGCUGGCUGCUCCCUUACUUAUCUCGCCUGAUAGCACCCACAGAGAUUCAGUAGCAGAUGUGCAGAUGGGGGAUAUCGAGGCUGCUCCAAACGGUGAAUCUACAAGCAAAGCACAUGGUGACAAGAUGAAUGUCGGAGCGUAG